AAAAGUUCAACCCCAUCUCCAUCAUCACGGCCAUUCCUCCCUCGCCUUCUCCAUCGCCAGUGCCACCACCCCCAAACUGCACGCUUGCACGCCUGCACGUCCACACAGCAUGUCCUCGUCAACUUCAUCAAUAAAACCCUCCACCAUCGCCGCAAUCACUGCCGGCACCGUCGUCACGGGCUUCCUCGCAUAUGCCGUCUACUUCGACCAUCGGCGGCGGACCGACCCAGAAUUCCGAAAGCAGCUGAAGCGCGAAUCGAAGCGCCAGGCCCGCGCCGCCAAGGAGGAGGCCGAGGCACAGGGCAAGGAGCAGAAGAAGGCUAUCCGCGACGCCGUCGAGCGCGCGAAUGAGGAGGGCUUCCCCAAAGACCCAGAGGAGGUGGAGGCGUACUUCAUGCAGGAGGUUGCGCAGGGAGAGGGCCUUUGCCAGCAGGGUGCCGAUUCGAUAGAGGCCGCUCUCUGCUUCUACCGUGCUCUGAAGGUCUACCCACAGCCGAGAGAGCUGAUCAACAUUUACGACAAGACUGUUCCCAAGCCUGUUCUCGACGUCCUCGCCGAAAUGAUCGCCGUCGACACAAGCAUCCCUGUGGGCAGCAAAACAUCCUCCGAAGCUGGGUCCGCCGGCGGCAUCGGAGGAAUCGAGUAGACGAUUCGUGUCGACACUCAGUCGACACUCAUUACUAAUUUUUACCCUCUCCCACUCUGGACUGCAUUUUGGCUGUAUUAUUCAUGUAAAAGUACCAUUGGGGUUAGUCGCCAUGCCGGAGUUUUAGGUUGGCCGUGGCUUGAUAUGUUUGGAAUCGUCGGCAGCAACAUAGAUGGGAUUCUGAUGAAAGCAUGCGUUUGUCCUC